ACGCAGCGAGCAAUGGACGCAGUUGAACGAAAACUUAUCGAAGAAUUUAUAGCGUCGAACGCCAUCCUUCAGGUGCAGGAAAUAUUGAAGACGUUCGCUCAUCGUCUGGUAACGACAGGCAACAAAUACGGACUGGUCCUUUCGAACAACAGUAUCUUCACCGCUGCUACGAGACAGCAGGCAUUUGAGUUCCUCGCGAAUGUCAUUAAAUUGUCGGUAAACAGAAAUGUCCACGCCACAGAUGGAGACCAAUUGCUGGAUCUUCGCACUGAACCGCUGCAGAAGCUGGUCGAAGAAAUGGAAGCACUGAACCUGGCGGUCAUUCCACUGGUCUUGGUCUCGUUGGAAACAGACCGACGGUACUGCCUGAAGGAGUCGAUUGUGGUGAAAGUGAUUACUAGAGCCGGGGAUAUCAGCUAUAUGGAUUUGGCAGGACGGUCUUAUCUCAAACUGGAGCAAUUUUUGCAGCUGACUGCGCUUCCGUUCGGCAUUCUGUGCUAUUUGGAGGCAGACUGCGUCUUGGAUGUGGAUAAUCAAAGAUAUGCUAUGAAGUGCAAGAUGGUAGGAAGGCAGCUGGUUUUCCAGAGCGUAGCGGACGGGCUAUUGAGUGCAUUCAACGUCGUUGGGAGCUUGGGGCUGAUGGUCGCAUCCAGUCAAUGGGUGACGCCGAUUGGACUGUUGACUGUUGGAUCCAGCAUUUAUCUGAUGACGAGAGGAGUGAUGGGAUUUUUCGAAGUCCAGCGCCAUGGAGGAUUGCGAUCGCAAAGAAGCACAUUCUUCAACAUACUGCUAACGGUUCUGAACUUUGCAUCGGUCUUGUUUGUUAGCCUGCCCUACAGCAUCGGGACUAUGGUUCAGUUGAACGGCCCAUCGAAGGCGUUGUUGAGUUUUUGUGCCGGUGUGGAUCUAUUGUGGUUGUUGGCAAAGCCACCACUGCAUACUUACGGUUGGAUAGAUGUGUGAUGAUUAAGUUAAAAAAUAAAACCUCUACAAGUAAACAAUAUAUAA